GGACUCUAAACCCGUUGAUGCAUUCCUCGUUGCGGGUGGCCCAUCCGUAUUCGGGAUAGAUCAGCAAAAACAGGCCAUAGUUUUGCAAAGCGAAACCUACCCACUUCGCUCUAGAUAAUGUGGGCCAUUCUGAGGGCUCAGGGUAGAACUAGUAACAGACGAAUUGAGCCAACUGAUGACCUCACAUAGCUACUAGUAGACUCACUACGUAUGUCUAGCCAGCCUGGCCAACUGCCACUUGAAUGUACUUUUCCUCUCCCACUAGUGACAAAAAGCAUGGUCUCCAAGGUACCCCAUCAACAUUAAGAGCAGUUUGGAGCUACAGUACCAAAUCGUAAAACAUACUCGUUAAGUUGCUAUCAUGCAUUCGUUGAUAUCCUCCAUCCGCCUGGCAGUUGCUCUCGGAUAUGCCUCAACAGUUCUAUCACAGAAAUAUCAGAACUUCACUCAUUCGGAAAAGGUUACCGCCGCCGCGGCGUCACCGAAAUACAAAUUUGAUGCUUCAUCAUCCCAAAACGUCGCUGUUUAUUUCGGGAGGACGGAUCAGACAAUAAACACAAAUCUCACUGCACAAUGUAGUGACAAGAAUAUCGAUAUCGUGAUGCUGGCUUUCGUCACUCAGAUCUUUGGCGGCGGAGGAUACCCGAACCUUGGCUUCGAAAAGCUAUGCACCGGUCAGACGUCCGAGAUGAUUGCUGCCAAUGCCACCGGUCUUCUUUCAUGUACAGAUCUGGAACCACAAAUCCAGAGCUGUCAGUCUGCGGGCAAGAAGGUUCUUGUUGCCUUAGGUGGUCAAAAUGGGGAGACAACAUUUGCCAACACCACUGAAGCGCAAAAUGCAGCAACCCUCUUGUGGAACCUCUUUGGUGGUGGCUCAGCAGAAGACGCUGGAUUGCGACCCUUUGGGAACGUGAAGGUCGAUGGCUUUGAUAUUGAUAACGAGCUAGGUGACGGAUCCUACUAUGAAGAUUUCGCAGCUGCCCUACGGUCUCUCUUCACAGCACAAAAAAGGAAAACCUACUACCUCUCCGCUGCCCCAAGCUGCUCCUUAACCACGAAUGGCUCGAAUCCCUUAGAGAUGCUAAAUCUCAUGGACUUUGUCUGGCCCCAAUUCUAUGGCGCUCCCUCCUGCAACAUCGGCACCGACUCCUUCCCCGAUUCCGUAAAAGCAUGGAGCGAGCGUCUCGUCGGACCAAAGCUAUACAUCGGCUCCCCAUCAUUUGCGGGUGGUACUACCAACGGGGGUUACGAAGAACCAGACGCGUUUGCUAAGACGCUCAAGAGUGCAAGGGCAGACACCACAGAGGAUUUUGGGGGUGUGAUGUUGUGGGAUGGUGCCUAUGGGCACAUCACGAUGAAUUCACAGGGGCUUGAUUAUAUAGCUGUUUCGAAGAAGGCAUUGACAUCGUAGGUGCUCCGAACCUCCGGAUAUCACGUGGAGCAUCUCAAGGGGGCGGUAGUUUCAGGGUGUUCCUACACAGACACGUACAAGUCGAAGUUUCUACUAAUCUCGGCGUUAGGAAUGCUACACUUUAUGCAGUGAUGGGUGUAAAAGUUUUUAUGUUGUAUUGUGCAGUGGUUACAUCAGUAUAUUUGAUAUAAAAUUUGAACCACGCGUUUCUCAAGGUGUUGAAUACCUUGAUUCUAGGAAGGAAAAGCAAACUCCUGUCCUUAAUGUGUGAAAUGCCCGUGUGCAGCCUGACAAUUAUGCUUAUACUAUGAACUUGUCAAGCUCGCUAUGUCAAAGCUACCAAACAACAUCGAGU